GACCCGGAGCUGCGCGGGCGCGAGCGAGUAGGGACUCCGGGCGGGAGGCGGCGGCGGCAGCAGCAGCAGCAGCGGCGCCCCGCGCAGGCUGGAGGCCGCCGAGGCUCGCCAUGCCGGGAGAACUCUAGCUCCCCCAUGGAGUCGGCCGACUUCUACGAGGCGGAGCCGCGGCCCCCGAUGAGCAGCCACCUCCAGAGCCCCCAGCACGCGCCCAGCAGCGCCGCCUUUGGCUUUCCCCGGGGCGCGGGCCCCGCGCAGCCUCCCGCCCCACCUGCCGCCCCGGAGCCGCUGGGCGGCAUUUGCGAACACGAGACGUCCAUUGACAUCAGCGCCUACAUCGACCCGGCCGCCUUCAACGACGAGUUCCUGGCCGACCUGUUCCAGCAUAGUCGGCAGCAGGAGAAGGCCAAGGCGGCCGCGGCUACCACGGGCGGCGGCGGCGACUUUGACUAUCCGGGCGCUCCGGUGGGUCCCGGCGGCGCCGUCAUGCCCGGGGGAGCGCACGGCCCCCCUCCCGGCUACGGCUGCACGGCGGCAGGCUACCUGGACGGCAGGCUGGAGCCCCUGUACGAGCGCGUCGGGGCGUCGGCGCUGCGGCCCCUGGUGAUCAAGCAGGAGCCCCGCGAGGAGGAUGAAGCCAAGCAGCUGGCGCUGGCUGGCCUCUUCCCCUACCAGCCGCCGCCGCCGCCUCCGCCUUCACACCAGCACCCGCCGCCCGCGCACCUGGCCGCCCCCCACCUGCAGUUCCAGAUAGCGCACUGCGGCCAGACCACCAUGCACCUGCAGCCUGGCCACCCCACGCCGCCGCCCACUCCUGUACCCAGCCCACACCCAGCACCCGCGCUUGGCGCUCCUGGCCUCGCCGGCCCGGGAAGCGCGCUCAAGGGGCUGACCUCCGCGCACCCCGACCUUCGCGCCGGCGGGGGCGCGGGCAAGGCCAAGAAAUCGGUGGAUAAGAACAGCAACGAGUACCGGGUGCGGCGCGAGCGCAACAACAUCGCGGUGCGCAAGAGCCGUGACAAGGCCAAGCAGCGCAACGUGGAGACGCAGCAGAAGGUGCUGGAGCUGACCAGUGACAAUGACCGCCUGCGCAAGCGGGUGGAACAGCUGAGCCGCGAACUGGACACGCUGAGGGGCAUCUUCCGUCAGCUGCCAGAGAGCUCCUUGGUCAAGGCCAUGGGCAACUGCGCGUGAGGCGCGCGGCUGCGGUCCGCCCUGGGCCAGCCCCUGGCGUGAACCUGGGGAGUGGUUUCGGGUCGCCGGAUCUCAAGGCUACCGGAGCAGCGCAAGCCAGGACUAGGAGAUUCCGCUGCCGCCUGCAAGCCUGGCCUGCUCCGCGAGUCCCCUCCCUUCCUCUGCUCCAGAUUCGGUGCGUCUAAGAUGAGGGUGUCAGGCGGUGGUUACUCCGGAACUGGGAGACUGGGGCUGAGCUGGGAGCCCAGUGGCUCUAGUAUUAAGGAAUUACCUUGUGCCUUGGAAAUGCAAACUCACCGCUCCCAAUUCCUACCGAGUAGGGGGGAGCAAAUAUGUGCCUUGUCAUUUAUUUGGAGGUUUCCUGCCUCCUUCCUGACGCUGCAGCAGGCCCCCCACGAGAGAAGGAGGGGUGUGGGCCCAUGGCAGGAGGAAGGCUCAGGGAGCUGAGAUCACGACAAGCCAGCCCCAGAUGCUUCUCAGCCCCCAUAUUUUAGAGGGGGAGGAAACGUAGGAACUUGGGGCUUUGAACCUAACGUUGUUCCCCUAGUUCCACAUGAAGGUUUCCUAGUUCUGUGCCUCUCCCACCUUCCUCCUGCCUCCAGCUUGGGUAGAAUUCACGAGAUGGGGGUCACCAGGUGACCAGUGGGAGCCCCUCACCCCAGUGAGACCAGAAAGCUAGGUCAUGGGUUAGCUAUAUGGGCACGUGUUCAACGGAGGUGGCCUGGUGGAAGAGGGGAACCUGGAGGUCUGGUCUUGGGGCACAGGCGGCUGUAGGGACACUGACCGUCAGCCCUGUCUGUACUGUAUGUCUCCAGUAUUGCCAUACGAACAUGAAGCACAAUCCGUCCAUCCCAGCGGGACCGGAGUUAUGACAAGCUUUCCAAAUAUUUUGCUUUAUCAGCCGAUAUCAACACUUGCAUCUGCCCUCUCUGUGUCCCAGCGGUGCCUGACUGUGCACAUCUAUGCUAAACCACCAUUUUAUUUGGUUUUUGUUUUGUUUUGGUUUUGCUCAGAUACUUGCCAAAGUGAGACUCUCAGCCAGCUGCUGGGGGAAGGGGCUGAGGCGCUCUGCCUCUGGUUUGGGGAUUGCUUUUGAUCCCAGGGGACCAGUGAGGUGAGGUGGGCUUCCCCCUUUCCCCUCAGCUUUCCCUGGCAGUGGGGGGAGGCUCAACCCCCUCCAGCAGGAGCUGCCCACAGGCUCAUCCUUCCCCCACCCCAGAGGCCCUGGCUCCUGGUCUGGAAGGGAGAUGGCCUCCAGCCAACGCAUCCCUGGGGCUGGGAACAGGGAAGGAUGGCCUGGUUCUCUUCUUUUGGGGAGAACAUAGAGUCUCAUACUAGAUAUUUUAUGUAUUAUAUCUAUAAUAUAAACAUAUCAAAGUAAA